GACAUGGUGUCGCCUCCUCCCGCGGCGGAGGCUCGGGCUCCGCUCCGCGUCGGGCCGGCCCAGCGGCCGCUUAUGGGCAGCCAGGGCCGCCAUGGGUCCCCCCGGGACGGUGGGCCCGGCGAGGGCGAGGGCGGGGAAGCGAGAAAACUGCAAGAAGGGAGGGUCGUGAGGGGGAAGCGAAAGAAGGGAAAGGGAAAAGCGGGCGCUAGGCAAGGCGGAAGAGGAAGCGGAGAGGAAGGGAAGUCGGGGCCGGCGGCGAAGGAGGCAGCGGGGCCUGGAGUCGAGGCGGGGGAGAAGGCAGGGCCGGGGCCGGAAGGAGCGGCAGGCGGAAGCGUGGAGGAGAGGGCAAGGAGGACAGUAGAGGGAGAUGAGGGGAGCGCAGGGGCAGGCAAGGAGGCAAAAGGAAGAGAUGACGGGAAAGAGGAGGAAAGGAGGGUCACGGCGGGGCGUCAGGAGGACGCAAGGCCAGGGAGAACACAGGGACGAGGGGGUCAGGCGUGGAGCCGCAACACCGGAGCAGGGGGCGCAGCCAUGGCGGCGGCAGCCGAGGAGGAAGCGGCGGCGGCGGCUCGGGAGCCGCCCUCUCGCCCCGCUUCGGGGCCAGCGCUCUGGCGCCUGCCGGAGGAGCUGCUACUGCUCAUCUGCUCCUACCUGGACAUGCGGGCCCUCGGCCGCCUGGCUCAGGUGUGCCGAUGGCUGCGGCGCUUCACCAGCUGUGACCUGCUCUGGCGCCGGAUAGCCCGGGCCUCGCUCAACUCCGGCUUCACGCGGCUCGGCACCGACCUGAUGGCCAGUGUCCCAGUGAAGGAAAGGGUGAAGGUAUCUCAGAACUGGAGGUUGGGGCGCUGCCGUGAGGGGAUUCUGCUAAAGUGGAAAUGCAGUCAAAUGCCCUGGAUGCAGCUAGAGGGUGAUUCUCUGUAUGUAUCCCAGGCUAAUUUCAUCCUGGCCUACCAGUUCCGCCCAGAUGGUGCCAGCUUGAACCGCCGGCCCCUGGGAGUCUUUGCUGGUCAUGAUGAGGAUGUUUGCCACUUUGUGCUGGCCAACUCGCAUAUUAUCAGUGCAGGAGGAGAUGGGAAGAUUGGUGUUCAUAAGAUUCAUAGCACCUUCACUGCCAAGUACUCGGCUCAUGAACAGGAGGUGAACUGUGUGGAUUGCAAAGGGGGCAUCAUUGUGAGUGGCUCCAGGGACAGGACAGCCAAGGUUUGGUCUUUGGCCUCAGGCCGACUGGGGCAGUGCUUACACACCAUCCAGACUGAAGACCGAGUCUGGUCCAUUGCUGUCAGCCCAUUACUCAGCUCUUUUGUGACAGGGACGGCUUGUUGUGGGCACUUCUCACCCCUAAGAAUCUGGGACCUCAACAGUGGGCAGCUGAUGACGCACCUGGGCAGUGACUUUCCCCCAGGGGCUGGGGUGCUGGACGUCAUGUAUGAGACCCCUUCUACACUCCUAUCCUGUGGCUAUGACACCUAUGUUCGCUACUGGGACCUCCGUGCCAGUGUCCGUUCUCUCAGGCCCCUGGGGAAGCUGGGGUGGAGGUGGCUGGAACCUCUGAGCCUUCCACUACAUCUCCCUUUCCUGGACAGGAAGUGCAUCAUGGAGUGGGAGGAACCCCACGACAGCACCUUGUACUGCUUGCAGACAGAUGGGAACCACCUGCUGGCCACAGGCUCCUCCUACUACGGUGUUGUACGGCUGUGGGACCGGCGCCAAAGGGCCUGCCUGCAUGCCUUCCCGCUGACAUCGGCCCCCCUCAGCAGUCCUGUGUACUGCCUGCGCUUCACCACCAAGCAUCUCUAUGCUGCGCUGUCUUACAACCUCCAUGUCCUGGACUUUCAAAACCCAUGACAGUCAGGGCCUCUCCAGCCUGUGAGCCAAGGAGACCAGCUACUCAGGAACCUCUCCUACCUGGAUAAGGUGCUGACACCUCCCCCGUGCUCCUGGACCGUGAUCACAGUGCUCAGCAUCUUAAACUAAAGACUCCUGGAGUUUUGGGGGUUACCUAAAGAUGGCAUUCCCUCCAGGAACCAGGUGGAGAGAAGUGACCUGCUGUUUUGGGAGAGUGCGGCUGACUCCAGGCCUUGUUUCCCUGUUUUGCCAGAGAGAGGAUCUGGCCUUGAGAUGCCCACCCUAUACCCCACCCCAUCUUAGAGCCAUGACCAGCUUACAGAAUGAGGUGAGGUAUUCUAGUCAUGCCAGUUGGUCCCUUUCUACCCCUUCCCUGGGAAGAGGGCUGAGCACCGAGGCCUGGUUUCACUUUAAAACCAGGAAAGGACAAAGGGAACCCAGCCAUUUUGAAUGCAUUCUGAGCCAGCCCUCUCAGGCUGGCUGUUGAGAGAUGCCACAAUUUUCAGUUUAUAAAAAUAAAGCUUGAUUGUUCACA